AUGACUCGUAAAUACAUUCGAAAAAAACAAUCUACUUACUCUGCUAUUGAUCUUGAUAUUGCACUUAAAUGCAUUCGAAAAAAUACAUUAACAGUAAUGGAAGCAGGAAAAAAAUGUCACAUUCCAGUAUCAACGCUUUAUGCACGGUUAUCGAAUCGUCGAGGUGGUGGAAAACCUGGUGCUAAAACGAUUUUAUCAUUUGAAGAAGAAAAACUCCUGAUUCAUGUUGUGUAG